ACCGGCUCCAUUUAUGCUGAUGUAUACUCAACAUAUGAAAAGCUGACAGUUGGUUUGCAGGAGUAAAGUUAGGGGAGAAAGUAGGUCGUGUUAGAUAAGAACAUGGUGGACGCUAGGGCCUGGCAGACUGUAGGCCUGUUAUUCUCCGCGCACUGUACUGAGAGAGACAGCCCGGGUAGAGUCUCUCCCUCACGGUCAGCCCAGCUGCCAGUAACGUAGCUAACUGGUCAGGCGCAUAACGAACACCGCGCCACUAGGUGCUGAACAGAUUACAGCAGAAAGAUGGCGGACGACCCCAGCGCGGCGGACAGGAACGUGGAGAUAUGGAAAAUCAAGAAGCUGAUCAAAAGUUUGGAAGCUGCCCGUGGUAAUGGCACCAGUAUGAUCUCACUGAUCAUCCCUCCCAAGGACCAGAUAUCUAGAGUGGCCAAGAUGUUGGCUGAUGAGUUUGGCACCGCUUCUAACAUUAAGAGCCGAGUCAACAGGCUCUCUGUUCUCGGAGCCAUCACCUCUGUACAGCAAAGACUAAAACUCUACAACAAGGUGCCACCCAAUGGUUUGGUCGUGUACUGUGGCACCAUUGUGACCGAGGAAGGCAAGGAGAAGAAAGUCAAUAUUGACUUUGAGCCUUUUAAGCCAAUCAACACCUCCCUGUACCUCUGCGACAAUAAGUUCCACACCGAGGCAUUGACAGCCCUGCUCUCUGAUGACAGUAAGUUUGGCUUUAUUGUGAUCGACGGUAGUGGGGCACUGUUUGGCACGCUGCAGGGCAACACCAGGGAGGUGCUGCACAAGUUCACUGUGGACCUACCCAAGAAGCACGGCAGAGGAGGGCAGUCUGCUCUGCGUUUUGCUCGUCUGAGAAUGGAGAAGAGACACAACUAUGUGAGAAAGGUGGCUGAGACGGCUGUCCAGCUCUUUGUGUCCAACGACAAAGUUAAUGUGGCAGGAAUGGUCUUGGCUGGCUCUGCCGACUUCAAGACCGAGCUCAGCCAAUCGGACAUGUUCGACCCAAGGUUACAGGCCAAGGUUUUGAAGCUGGUGGAUAUCUCCUAUGGUGGAGAGAAUGGUUUCAACCAGGCUAUUGAGCUCUCUGCAGAGGUUCUCUCUAACGUCAAGUUCAUCCAGGAGAAGAAGCUCAUAGGGCGGUACUUUGAUGAGAUCAGUCAGGACACGGGGAAGUACUGUUUUGGUGUGGAGGACACACUUAAAGCCCUGGAGAUGGGAGCAGUGGAGAUCCUCAUAGUCUACGAAAACUUAGACACCAUGCGUUACAUUCUACGUGUACAUGGGGCAGAGAGCAACGGAGCAGAGAACGAUGAGAAGACUUUGUACUUGACGCCAGAGCAGGAGAAAGACAAGUCUCACUUUACAGACAAGGAGACGGGGCAGGAACACGAGUUGAUCGAGAGCAUGCCACUGCUGGAGUGGUUUGCUAACAACUACAAGAAAUUUGGAGCCACGCUGGAGAUAGUCACAGACAAGAGCCAGGAAGGGUCCCAGUUUGUCAAGGGCUUUGGAGGCAUUGGGGGUAUCUUGCGGUACAGGGUGGAUUUCCAGGGCAUGGAGUACCAAGGAGAGGACGAUGAGUUCUUCGAUUUGGAUGACUACUAGGUAGUCGGGGACUGAUAUUGGGAGAAAAAAAGCAAAGGAAUGAAUGAAGAAAUGAGGAAAGAAAAAUGCCACCUCUCUUGCAGCAAGUGAGAGGUGCAACCGUGAUGACCAUAUAUAUGACAGACACACCUUCCAAUUUACCUGUUGCAUACACAAACUUGCGCAUACAUUUCACCUGUACACACAACAAAAUGCAUCACACAGGCUGAAGAGGAGUGAGAUUUUCUUUCAUCCAGAGAGGGAGAAAGCCCUUCCUGAAUAAAUCCCUGCCUUAGAGUGCUUGUUCCUUCCCCUAGUUGGAUUGGACUCGACUCAUUUUGUUCUUUUUUUUUUUCUCCUCCCCUCCAUUUUGAAUGAACACAACAGCAAGUUUCCAGAUUCGUCGCUGUCCCCAACCCGGUCUGAAGAUGAACUUUGGACUCACUCCUCACAUAUAGAAAAUAUAUUUUACUUUCUUGCUUCAUCAUGUCCCUUCCCUCUCUUCCCCUAUGCUUUCUCUCUCUUCUAUUUUUUUUUUUUUUUUUUUUUUUUUGCAUUUCAUUUUUUUACUGGUAACUGCUGCUGUUGUAUUUUAUGAGAGUGGGGGAUUUUUUUUACCUGGGUUUCUGUAGAGAAAGGGGGACAAAGUAUUAAAUUUGAACUGCUGAAAACCAUUGCUACCUCCUCAUCUGCUGUGGUCUCAAUCCUGUGCUGUUCUGUCCUCUUCCUGGAAAGGCAGACUUUUUCUCUGCUUUCCUGACUUUAAAUCAAUAUAUUGUUUUAGUCCUGUGUGAGCGAUAAGUAUGCACAACUGCUUUUAGUGGAUUAUGUUUAAUUGGUUCAUCAAGAUCCACGUUAUGUUGAAAUUGAAUUAAUUUUGAGUUGCAGAAAGCAAAGGUGUCAGAUCUCUUGGUAUGUAUUAGUGUCCCCCCUUGACACCAGGAGAUGUGUUCAGAUUAGAAAAUUGAUUUAUGAAAUUUUUAAGAAUCUGAAUCACAAUUACAAGAUUCCACCUGUGACAUAUUUGAUUGCAUUUGUAAAUCUGUGACCGCUUCCAUGUUUUCAGAAAUCCAUUUAAAAUCUGAAUUUGUCAAUCCAUUCUUGCGGAUACAAUUUAAAAUGUGAUAUGUUGGUCAUCUAGAAAAUGAGAUUUGGCAUUUGCUUUCCUGUAUUUGGGAACUGAGCUAAAAGAUAAGUGAGUUUUCAUUCAUAAUGCUUUGUGAAGAAAUGUUGAAGACAGAUCUACCCAAGGAGUUGUUAAAGAAUGGCCUUGUUAAAUACAUCAAACACUUAUCCAUUCUCUUUAAAAAAAA